UCUCUGUGAGGUAUCAAAUCAUUUUAUCUGAUAAGAUAGUGACUGCGUUAAUCGGAAAGGAGAAAAAUGCAGCUUUAUUCUCAGCCUUCCAUCUCUCAGGGUUAGAAGGAAGUUUUAACAUGAUUCACAACUCAACUCUACAAAAGUUUUAAAUUUUCUGUAAUUUUUAGUUUGAAAACUACACACAUCGUAUAGAAAAGUGAAUAAAAGUUCCUUCCAAAUGACUUCGCCACCUAAUAAUUUUUAUUAAUACAAAUUAUUCAAGGAGUACCAAGUGACCGAAUUCCCGCUUUUCUUGUCGAGAAAAUGACAACUAGUUCCGGCAGUUCCGGCUGUGAUCUCUUGCAUCUCAUUGGCCUAGACAUGCAGUACGCCAGAUGGAGACCUUCCAACCAAAACAGACAGAGCUCCGACACCAAUCAGAAGCAUUAUCAACAACAUCAGAACAAUCAGCGGAAUUUCCAACAUCAGAACCUUGGCGGAAACAAUCAGAAGGGCUAUCAACAAAAUCAGAGCUCUGGGAAUAACAAUCAGAAGGGUUAUCAGCAUCAGAACAAUCCUGGGAAUAACUAUCAUAAGGGUUAUCAACAUCAGAACAACAAUCAGAAGGGUUUUCAGCAUCAGACACAGAGUCCUGGAAACAAUCAGAAGAACUAUCAACAUCAGAACCCUGGAGGUAACAAUCAGAAGAGCUAUCAGCAUCAGACACAAAGUCCUGGGAGCAAUCAGAAUAGCUUCCAACACCAGACAAAAAGUCCUCCCAAAAACAAUCAGAAGAAUUUCCAAAAUCAGAUUCCUGCAAACAAUCAGAAGAACUACCAAAAUCAGAAUCCUGCAAACAAUCAGAAGAGCUACCACAAUCAGAGCCCUGCAAACAAUCAGAAGCACUACCAACAUCAGAAGCUUGAAAGCAAUCAGAAAAACGAUCAGUAUCAGAAUCCAAAAAAUGCUGAUCGACAAUUUCAAGGAGCAAACUAUCAAUUGAAUCAUCAAGCGAAUAAUCAACCAGAUUACUAUCUGAGAUAUCAGUCUCUACAUAAUGGAAGAAGAAGGGAAGUUUCACCUUGGACCCAACAAAUGGGGGAUGACUCCGGCUUAGAGCGGAGUGUAUCAUCAACGUCAUCAAUUUCAUCCUUGGAGUAGGAGGAGUAGGAGGAGGAGGAGGAGAGGAGGA